AUGGAAAAUAAAACUUAUGAUGUUGUUAUCAUUGGAUGUGGUUCAUUCGGCAUUGGAGCAGCAACUGAAUUACUUUCACAAUCAAAUUUGACUUUUAUGAUUUUAGAAGCACGUGAUCGAGUUGAAGGUCGUGCUUAUACUGAUCAACAUUCAUUGAAAUCUUCGUUUGAUGUUGGAGCUGAGUGGACACAUCAAUAUGGCCCUGAUAAUGCUCUUAAUUCGUUUCAUGAACAACUUAAAACAGAAUUAGAUAACGAUUAUUAUAUUCAAUUAUUUGAUCCAACAACAAGUGUUGGUUAUGAUUCAGAUGGUUCGAAUAUUGCUCAACAAAUUUGUACUCAAGCACAAAAAACAAUUAAUCGAUUAUUUUCACAAUAUAUAUCUAAUGAUAAAGAUAAAGAUAUUUCAAUAUAUGACACAAUCGAACAAGAAUUUAAUAGAUUAGAAGACAGUUAA